CCUCCUAUGAAAAAAUGCGUGUACUGUGUUCCAAUAAAACUGCUUUUAACUUAUUUUGUUGUGUACUAACUAGUAUAGUUGACAUUUUUAAAGAUAAAGUAUGGUAACGAGAGAAAAACAAAAGAAAAGAAAAAGAUAUCUGAAGAUAUAAACUUGAAUGUUUAUUUCUAUUAAGGAAAAAAUAGUCCGAAUAUUUAGAGAGUGCUGAAGAUAAUGAGUGAUUAUAUAUAUACUUAAAAUUUUAUGGGAUACAAUGUCCAAUGUUUAUAAAUCUCAAUAUCGUCAUCUAAAUUACAACUUGUAAAGUUAUCUUCUUUUAUAUAUCAUGUACAUGCUUCUUAUAUAAAAAAAGAGAUUGUAUAUCAUAUAGUAUAAAUUAAGUACUCAUUCUAUUCAUUAUGUAUAUCUGAGGAUUUACUACAUACUCUAUGUACUACAUUACAGUUUUCCUAGAGUACAGUUACAUACAAAACAAAUGAUAUAAAUUAAAUCAGUUCAAAUCCUACUACUUACAAAACUACAUGUAUAUUCAAAUUUUAUGAUAUAACUUACUACUUAUCUAAUUGAAUAAAUGAUAUCUAGUGAUGGAAAAGAUUGUUAAUGAUAAUCAACAAAUUCUCUGUAAAUAAAUUAGGGAUUAUUUCUUUUAAGGAUAAAGUAUGAUUUCAUUUUAAAAGAAAGAAACUUAACAAAUCAUGGUUAACUUCGAAAUGAAAUACAACAUGUAUUUUUCAUUGUCCGUUUCAAUGAGGAUAUUCAUUUAUAUUUUAUUUUUGUUUGAUGGACUUAUAUCUCAAAGAACUUCUUCCUUACCUAAAUCUCCAUCCCUUUUUGUCGAUCAAUCUGGUCCAUGUACUCCUGAAGAAGAAGCAAAGAAAUCACAAUGUCUACGAGAAUUACCAGCUGAACGAUAUGAAGUACUUGAAGGUGAAACAGUUUUAAUGCGGUGUCGUGUAGCUAAUCAAAGGGGGAAAGCACAGUGGCGUGCUAGAAACUUUUUAUUAGGUUACAAAAGAAAUAUUCCGGAUUGGCCAAGAUAUUCGUUACAAGGCGAUUCAGGUCAAGGUGUACAUGAUUUACUAAUUCAAAAUGUUAGUCGUGAAGAUGCUGGAGUAUAUGAAUGUCAAGUUUCACCUGUUGCUGGACAAAAUCCACUUCGACGUCAAACCCUAUUAGUUAUACUAGUAAAACCGAAAAUACCCAAUAUUGUGACUUUACCGGGUGUACCACAACCAUCAGCCAAUGGACAAUUGAUUGUAGCUUUUGAUUCCAAUAAAACGAAUCCCAUGAAUAACAAUCCAUUAAAAUUAAUUUGUCAAGCGAAAGGCGGUUAUCCUACACCGAAGUUUGAAUGGUUUCAUAAUGGAAACCUUAUUUCAGCAUCAGGAGAUUUAGAUGAAUUACAGAAUGUCAAUGAAGAAAUACAUUCACAAAAAAUAACUAAAGAUCAGUUUGAAUUGGAAAUUGAUAAAACAAAACUUUCAACUCGAGAUCGUAUUGUGUGCCUAGUCAGUAACAAAGCAACAAUGCGUUCAAAUCACCUAUAUGAACAAAAGCUUAGAGCUGAAGUUAUGAUUGUUAUCCACUCUUUACCAGGUGAUCCAGAAAUUAUUGACUGGGAUAAAUUCACAAAUGAAUCUACAAGCUUACUUGUUGGUUCAACAGUUGAAGUUACAUGUAGAGUAACUCCACCUGGAAAUCCUCCUGGUCAAGUUGUAUGGCGCUUCGAAAAUCCUUAUUCUAAUAUGAACCUAGAUCAGUUAAACGUUUUUAGAAAUGAUUUACAAAUACCAUCAAUAAAGAAUGUUAUUUCUAUUACGAAUGAAAAUGUAAUCAACCAAAUUACAGAUGAAAAAAUCUUGAGCCGACUAAAAAUUACAAAUCUUAAUUCAACAAUGCACGGUUUAGAUUUAGUGUGUGCUGUUCGACAUCAAGUUGGCCCAGAGAAAACAACAAGGAAACGAAUCUGGAUUCGACAUGGUCCGCAGCAUGUCAAUAUACAUGGUCCUUAUGAAAGAAUAACUGAACUGAAACAAAAAGUAAAUGUUUAUGAUAAAUUAGAGAGAGCAGAUAAUAAAAGCACAGUGACUACUGUAAAUAUACAAAAAUUGUAUGUUUAUUUAGACAGACCACAGUAUUUAUCAUGUGUUACUGAUGAGUAUUAUGGACAGGUUGAGAUUAAAUGGCGGGGUAAAUUACAUAACAGUGAAAAUUGGGAAGUUAUUACUCCAGUCGAAUCAUUUCCACGUAAUGAACCUGAUGCAUUAAAUAAUUUUAAUAUAAUUCAGGCAUCAAUUAUACAACUGGUUACAACAAAUCAAAAACGAAAUGCUUUAAUGUGGACAGAAAUAGAAUGCAGUGCUUUACCAAGUUAUUUCAGAGAAGAAAAUAAAAAAAUUAUAUCGAACAAGGUCAAUCUGGAAAUGUAUACCAUCCCUCGCAUUCCGACAAUUACGGGAUAUAAGGAAGGCACAUUAUUGGCAGAUGGCACUAUACUAACACUUCACUGCACAGGAGAACAAGGAAAUCCUCCGGGAAAACUAGUUUGGACUCAAGUAUUAAAAGGUACCAAUGAAAGUGAAUUAAUUGAUGAGUCAAAUAUUAUUCAACAAAAUCAAUCGAACAAAUAUCCUGAUGGAAUGAUUUAUUCAAUAUUAAAUAUUAAUCUGACAAAAUCAUAUGAUGGAGCAAUUUUUAGAUGUGGAACUGUGAAUCCUGGUUACGGAUAUUCGGAUGCACAAUUCAGUUUACCAGUAGAAAUUGGUGUAUCCUAUUCAGCAACAGUUUUAAAUAUUAGUGUCAUAAGUGGAACUGGACAAAUGAUAGCACGAUCAAAAUUACGUGAUGAACUUCAAACUAUUUUAAGUUAUUAUAAAUCAAAAUACAAUGUUGAACAUAUUCCAAUAGUCCAAGCAAAAGCUGGUCAUGCACUUAAACUAAUGUGUCAAGUUGAAAUGUCAAAUCCAAAACCUGAACUAGAAUGGCAACUUCAUCAUUGUUCACCUGUUCAAUUUGCAUCAAUUAUGAGAGGAAUUAACGAUACAAUCAACGAUAUGAAAUCACAAAAUGAUCCAUAUGAUGCAUUUUUUAAAAGCUGUCAGAAUAUUCACUUAACAGGUAGUAAAAUGGAAGAAACGAUAAGUGAGUCAGGCAAACAUCACAUCUUAAAUAGCCAUUUGGAACUUCCUAUAAAUAUAUCACAUGAUGGAGAUUUAAUUGAAUGUUUAAUAAGAAAACAUCCAAUUGAUUAUACUAACAGUUCUGUUCAUUUACAAUCAUUCGAUAAAUACACAUUGUCUAAACCUUAUUAUCAAAAUACACAUUCACAAGCCCUUACACUUUUAAAUUCACAUAUUUUACUUUCUAUUCAAUUUCCACCGAUAUUUUUAACUUUAGCAAAACAAUUGAAUUGGCCUGUAGAGUUGAAUUCAUCAAAUAAUAAUGAACAAUUUUUACCACAUAUUGUGGUUGAAGGUGGAUCACUUGAUUUAGAUUUAGAGCCUAUUUCUAAUCCAUCAUUAAGUAAAACAUCAUGGUUUAGAAAUGGCAUACCACUUCCAUUAUCAAAUAAUCCAAUUAAAAUAUUGAAUUCAUUCAAAAAUGAAGAAGUUAAUAAAAGUUCUAAAUCAUAUUCUAUUGAAGAUUUAAAUCAACGUUUAAUCGUACAACCAACCAAAUUAUUUAUUCAUCCGGUUAAACGAUCAGAUAUGGCCAAUUACACACUGAUUGUAACUAAUGCUCUAGGGAGUAAAGAAUUUACAUUCUUUUUAAAUGUAACUUAUGGGCCGCAAUUAAUUGGUUCCCCUUCAGUAAAUGUGACAGUUUCUGGUAAAAAGGCUGAAUUAUUUUGUCAAUCGGAAGCUAAUCCCACACCCACGACAAAUGCUGUCCGCUGGAGGCGUUUAACAAACACACUGAUUGGUUAUGAUUCCGCAGAAAAUAUCUACAGAAAUUCAAUCUCCCGAGCAUCAUUUUCUACAAAGAGUCAUACUUCUCAGGCUGAUUCAGCUGCCGGGAUUCAUUGUGAUAAAGGUGAAUGGAAUGUUGGAUUUAAAUAUUAUGCAAAGUGUUGGUCAUCAGCUCCUGGUGUAAUGACUAGUACACUUACAAUAUACGAUUUAAGUCCAAAUGAUGUUGGGCGAUAUCAGUGUAACAUGGAUAAUGGAAUCGGAUCACCAGCUGUUCGUACGAUUGAUCUUACUUAUCCAUUUGCACCAAGAAUAGUACCAGUAACAAGAUGGUCAAGAGCUGCACCCAAUAUAGUUUCAAGUAAGAAUAAAACUAUCAGUGUUACUCAAUCAACUUUAAUUUCUGAUCAACUAAUCUCUAUUGUAAAAGGAGCUCAUGCCAGAUUAACAUGUGUAAUUGCUGCAGAACCUAAUCCAGAAGUAAAUUGGUUAAGAGAACCAGCUAAUUUAACAUUAAUUGAAGGAGGUCAAUUUCAUUCAGUAGUUAAAUCUAUUCGUCCAGGAUUAUAUCAUGCAAUAUUAUAUUUGAUACAACCACAAGAAGUUGAUUUGGGUCGGUACUUUUGUAAAGUAAAAAAUUUAGUUGGCGAAGAUAUUGGUCGUGUGGAUUUAAUACGUCCGACUCAACCUGAUCUUCCAAGUUCACCGCGUCUAUUGAAUGCAACUAGUACAAGUUUAACAGUUUCUUGGACACAAGGAUUUAAUGGUGGUCCAGAACAAAAUUUCUUGUUACAUUGGCAUCCAAAUGAAGACCCAGAUCACCAUGAUAAAGUCAAUAUUAAAGAAGAUCUAGACAAUGAAGUAUUAACCUACACUAUCACUGGUCUUCAAAAAGCUACAACAUAUCGUGUGUCAGUUAGUGCUUAUAAUACAUUAACUACUACAACAUCGUUUACACCCUAUCUUUUGGCUUCUACAACUGCAUUUGAUUCACUGUCAGGAGAGGAAGCAAUGAGGGAUGAAGCCAAAGCCAAAUCAUUAAAAGAUAUUCAAAGAGGACAUUGGGAUUCAAGAUGGCGGUUAAAUUCUAAGAACUCUGAAAACUCCAUAAAUCCGGAUCCCCAAAGACGAUCAGUUCGAUCUGGUCAUGAAUUAAAUUCUCUCGAUGAUAAUGCUUUUGUGAUUAUAAUUGCAGUCUCUGUAUUCGGAUCAUUUAUUUUAAUAGCAAAUUUAUUGGUAAUAUUAAUAUUUACACGAUACAAGCGCCAAAAAAUGAAACAGGAUGAACGUAAACCAUCUGCUGCGGGGGACCUUAUGCAAAUAUACCCAGUAGAAAAUGGUUUCUCAGAAAUACACACAAAUACACAGACCAGUUUUCCAAUGUAUCCAGACGAUAUGCGUUUAAAUGCCAGUUACAUGUUGCAGUCAGUACCACAUGACCAGUUUUCACCCUUUCAAAAUGGAUGGGAACAAAUACCUUUGAAUAUAUGUCCAGAUCAAACUUCAUCUAUUAUAAGAGGAAAUCAAAUAUUUUCAAGCUCACCUCAUUCAAGCAUAAAUGCAAUGAAUAUGCAGAACUUCAACUCUCCAAAUCAUAUAGAAUUUAAUAAUCGACCUUCUAGUGAUAUAUCUAUUCAACCAUCGUCUGUUUUAAUAAAUAAUGCUGAUCAAACUACAGUGGCUUAUUUAAACCCAGAUAAUGGAACGGUAGAAGCGAUUCAAAAUAUUCAAGAUUAUCAUGACUGUUCAGAAUUUAUGCCCCCAGUAUUUCCCAAUAGUUGUUCGUCUCACAAUUACGAUACAGAACAAAAUCUGAGAAAUAUAGAGCGCCCUACACCCACUCACAGACGGCUUGUCACUGUCGGUAGAACCUUGACUGAAAAAAGUAACAGAACUAGGUCACCACAUUCUGGAGCUGCUUCAAGUGUUUCCACCAUCAGGUCGAAUGGAUAUGGAAAUACUAAUAGUUUAGAAAGGAGUCUUUCAACUUUUCAACGAUCUCAUCACUCGAACUUGCUGGGUGACUACAGACAUCUUGGUGGUGGCUUGACGUUACCUAACGGGGGCCUCGGACUAAAUAUAAUGAGUCAGAGUCCCCAUCAAAACGGACAGUUGUUUAUAUCAAACGCGAGGACUUCAGGAAGCUGGAUUCAAAAUGGAAUGACUACAAGCUUUCAUGGAGGUAAUGCUCCGUCAUGGAAGCAUUGUGUCAAUCCUCAUGCAAGCGAUGAAUACACAUCAUCAGAACAACAAGUAGCAAGAAAUUCAUACAAUUCCUUUGGACAACAAUCUGUAUCACAUCUCACGAACAGUUUUGAAUUGCCUGAUGUUCAUGUUUUCAGCAACCGGCAGCAUACACAAACGAACAAGGGUUCCGAGGUCUCAUCAUUACGUUAUUAUCAGGAAUCACCAGUGAAGUAUAUGGCACAAUUGGAAAAUAAUUGGCCACAAUCAAAUCAAAAUAACACUGACUGCAGAAAUAUGAGCAUAGAGUUUCCGUCAAAUGGAUCGACUAUACCACCACCAAAUGAUUUUCAAACUACUGGUUCCCAUAUCCCUUACAUACAAGUUAAUAGUUCCACUCCUACCGUCAAUAGACCAUAUUAUCAUAUAGCAGAUGAAAAUAAGAAUAUUAUUAACCAAGAAGGUCCUGGUGCAGAUCAUUUACACGCAACUGACCAACGUUUAGGUAUACCCAGAAACGUUUCAGACAAUAUGAUAACAAAUCAAAAUAUGGGCAACUACUCUUCAUAUGGUUGUAUUUUAUAACAAUCCGCACCCUGUUAUGUUACUUCACUACAAAAUUGUACAGUAAGAUAUUUCUAUGUAUGAACUAAAUUUAUACCUGCUAUAACAUUUAAUAGACACUUUAAAGAAGCUGUAAAUCUAUCCAAAUUUAAUCGCUCAUAGAAACUGUACAAAGAAACUAUGAAAAAUCUUUGGUCAAUAGUGACAUUAAACAGAAUCUCAUGUUAUGCACGUGCUUUGAUUUUAUAUUUUUGAAAAUGAAUCAUUUUCCUGAUUGUUCACUGUAAAUUAUGCUAUCUACCAGUACUUUAUGAAGAAACAAAAACAAAUCUUGAAUCACCUUUGUAUUCUGACAUGUUUUAUUGUUGAAUUUGACUUCUUAAACUAUGAAAACGUAACUGAUAAGAGAUUUACAAAAUUUCGUGUUAUUUUUUCUUAUCUCUUUGAUUUCAACUUCUUGAUUAACUAUUUUAAGUUCACACAUUUCAAAAUAUCACAUUAACAGAUAGCUUGUCACCACAUAUAUAAAUAUAAAUAAUCCCGGAAUCUUCACUAGUUUAUAAGUGUGAUCAGAUUAAUACAAAAGGAGAAGUUAUGUUUAAAAUCAUAAUGGUAUUUUAUUUGACUGAAUAAGAAGGACAAAGAUUUUGUCAAUGAGAAGUAUAAGAUGUACGUAAAAUUAAUGAUCAAUGGUGAUAUCGUUUUAAAAAGUAGCAAAUAGUAUACGAUAAACAUAAAUACACUGAGAGCAUAGUAUAAUUAUGACGUGUGUUUUGGAGUGAUAGACAUAAUCCCUUCAUAAAAAAAGGUAAAUUAAAC